GGUUGUGUUAAAAAGGAAGUGAUUAAAGUGACAAUGACAGCAAAUUGAACAUAACCUACAAACAAAAAGAAUUUUAAUAACAACAGUGAAUGAAUCACCGCAUAUUUUAAAUUUAGUUAAUUCCAGAUAAGACUUACUAAUUUGGUGAUUAUCGUGAAUGAGUUCCGCGAACAAAGCUUGUUUGUACCUUGUGGAUGAGAUGUGUUUUGGUGUUGAAACGAUUUGUUUUGGUAUCGAUUUGGAGGAUUAACAACUUUCUCCACGAUUUGAUAAACAAAAAAUUAUGGAUAAAACCGGAAUGGAUCACCGAUGGCAUUGGGAAUGGGAAUCUCUUUGUGGCCCAAACGGUUUAAACAUUUGGUCACCAAAAACUCACGAUUUAGGGAUAUGUUUUCAACAAUUAUGCCUUCAAAUCCCUGUUUUAUUCCUUUUGGCGAUAUCAUCUGCCUAUUACUUCGGAAGACAAACAUACCACGUCCAAAGAGGCCUUUUACAGCUACGCGCGAUUACUUUACGCAGUUUUAUCGUCUUUUUACUCGCUUUCGCCCCAACGUUACACGUUUACAUAGUCAUUAACAAAUGGGACGUUGAUAAAUUUACGAUUUUCUAUUUUUUAUCCGCCGUUCAAUUAUUAACCUGGUUAAUACACCUCGGGUAUACUUUUAUCCUUCGACGAAGGCUCGGGUUAAGCGCUCGAGGGCCACUUUUCAUAAUUUUUUCUUGGACAAUCAUCGCGGUGUUAAGCGCGAUUAAUCUGCGAUCGUAUGCCCUUUUAUACAGAGCGAGCGAACAUAAAUCGAGCGGAUUGAAAAUGGCUUUUGGAUUUUCCAUUUUCACCUUCAUCCUUCAUGUCUUUUAUGGAAUUACUUUAAUUCCGAAUGAAGGAGAAUCCGAUUAUCUUGUAGCCGAGCCACAAAGAAAUGAUGAAAAUACCCCAUUGUUGAGCGGAAGCGCGUACCUAAGGUUCUUGGAAGCGAGGGACCCCAAUUAUUUAGGAGUAGCGAUGGAGGACGCCGCUUGGUUUUCAAAACUCUUCUUCCACUGGGUAAGUCCCUUGAUGCAGAAAGGAGUGGAAGAGAAGAUCGUGUUCCCGGACGACCUCUUCGACUUGCCCGAUUCGUUGCGGAGCGACACUUUGAGUAGAAAACUGGAGAGGGCACUAAUUGGCGAUGGAGAAAGGCCCCCGGCAGAUCAUGCGAGUCCUCCUCUUGUUCCCGAUGUUGCAUUCAGCAGAAGCAACAACAAUAAUAACUCUUUGUUUCGGGCGUUGCAUAAAUGUUUUUGGGUUCAAUUUUACAGCAUUGGGGCUUUAAAAUUAUUUGCUGAUUUGUUAGGAUUCGCGGGGCCAAUGCUUCUUGGAAAAUUAGUCGGGUUCAUUGAGGAUAAAAAUGAAAAUAUUCAAAAUGGGUAUGGUUAUGCUGUUGGGUUAUUCACAACAACUCUUCUUGGUUCCUUUUUUAAUACCCAUUUCAAUUUCUUAAUGGCAAUAGUUGGAUUGAAAAUUCGUGGUGCUUUAAUCACAACUAUUUAUAAAAAAACUUUAACCGUUAGUAGCACUGUUCUAAAUAACGCAUUUUCAAUUGGGGAAAUUGUUAAUUUCAUGUCAACGGAUACCGAUCGAGUUGUGAAUUCUUGUCCGAGUUUUCAUGCUUUAUGGAGUAUUCCAUUUCAGAUUGCAGUAACUUUGUAUUUGUUGUACAAUCAAGUUGGAGUCGCUUUUCUAGCUGGAGUCAUAUUUACACUGAUUUUAAUACCGAUCAAUAAAUUUAUUGCGAACAAAAUCGGCCAACUUAGUACAAAAAUGAUGGAACAAAAAGAUAAAAGGAUUAAAAUAAUGACGGAAAUUUUGAGGGGAAUUAAAACUAUUAAAAUUCACGUUUGGGAGGACCAUUUUAUAAGAUUAGUUACAAAAUUUCGGGAUUCAGAAAUAAAAUAUUUAAAAGGUCGAAAAUACCUGGACGCAUUGUGUGUUUACUUUUGGGCCACAACGCCCGUUUUAAUUUCAAUUUUAACAUUCGUAACUUACGUUUUAUUAGGAAACGAAUUAACGGCGUCAAAGGUUUUCACCAGCAUAGCCCUUUUAAAUAUGUUAAUAGCACCGUUAAACGCUUUUCCUUGGGUUUUAAACGGAGUUACAGAAGCGUGGGUUUCAUUAAAAAGAAUUCAAAAGCUUUUAGAUCUUCCCGAUUUAGAUUUUGACGAGUACUACGAUAACGAGUUAACGGAAAAUGAGAAUAACGCCGAUGUAAUUAUUUCAAACGCUACUUUUUCUUGGGGAAAACCUUUAAGUAGGGAAGAAAAAGAAAAGUUACAUAAUAUUAAAAGAAAACACAUCAAAGAUAAAGGUGUAGGAAAGAAAUCUUCGAGUAAUGAAGAAUCCCCUUCGAGAUCUAACAUUGAAACGGGAGAAUUUUUUUUGAGAAAUUUAAAUUUAAGAAUUAAUAAAGGUGAAUUUAUCGGUGUUAUAGGAAGUGUGGGGAGUGGGAAAUCAUCGAUUUUUUCAGCGAUCCUCGGGGAAUUAAAUAAACAAAGUGGUUAUGUUUCAAUUUGCGACCCCGACGUCGGAUUUGCUUUGGUAACCCAACAACCGUGGCUUCAAAGAGGUACAAUAAGAGAUAAUAUUCUUUUUGGGAAAGCUUACGAUGAAAGUAAAUACCUCGAGGUUAUCGCCGGGUGUUGUCUCGGUGAAGAUUUGGAUCAAUUACCGGCUGGAGAUUUAACUGGGAUAGGCGAAGGUGGAAUGACUCUUUCCGGCGGUCAAAAAGCCCGAGUUGCUUUAGCGAGAGCUAUAUAUCAAGAUAAACAAAUUUAUCUCCUUGAUGAUGUUAUCUCCGCUGUUGAUGCUAAAGUUGCUAAAGAUAUUUAUCAAAAUUGUAUUAUGGGGAUACUUAAAAAUAAAACGAGAAUAUUAUGUACUCACCACUUGAAAUAUCUUACUAAAGCAGAUCGAGUUAUUUUAAUGGAUAAUGGAGAAAUACAAAAACAAGGAAAACCGGUUGAUGUUCUUAGAGGAAUUGACGAUGCCCUCCCCAUUGAUUUAGAAUUAGGCGAAACGUCGUUAACAAAUUCUGUUAUGGAAAGUUUUAAAUCGGAGGGAAAUGAUAACGAAUCGAAUGAUAGUGUUUUAGAGGAAGAAUUUCGUGAAUCUGGAACCGUUCAAUUCGGGGUUUAUAAAUCUUAUUGGAAAGCAAUAGGACAUUUACUUAGUUUGUUAGUGAUCCUUUCUUUGGUUACAAUGCAAACGAGUCGGAAUUUAACCGAUUGGUGGCUUUCAAUUUGGGUUACGAAUUCCAACGAAAAAAACACGACAAAUUUAACGCAACAUUACGAAGAUUACCACACAAAUUCGUUUAAAUUUGAGGGCGAUUUGGAGGAAUCGAUUAAGUAUUAUAUGUUAAUUUAUAUCUUGUUGGCUUGUUUGAAUUCGGUUUUUACAUUGUGUCGGGCGUUUUUAUUUGCAUACGGAGGAAUCGUUGCUGCUUUGAGUAUUCAUAAGAGUUUAUUAAAAAAUAUAAUGAUUGCGAAAUCAAUGUUUUUUGAUGUUGAACCAUUGGGAAGAAUUUUAAAUCGAUUUUCGAGUGAUACGUACACUGUGGAUGAUUCAUUACCGUUUAUAUUAAAUAUACUUUUAGCCCAAUUAUUUGGUUUAUUAGGUAGCGUAAUUAUAACAAUAUAUGGGUUACCUUGGUUGUGUUUAGUACUAAUCCCAUUAAUCCCCAUUUACCAUUGGCUCCAAAACCAUUAUAGAUUAACCUCAAGGGAAUUGAAGAGACUAUCAAGCGUUACGCUAUCGCCUGUUUACAGUCAUUUUAACGAGUCAUUACAAGGUCUGGCGGUCAUUAGAUCUUUUAGAACCACCGGUAGAUUUAAAAGGGACAACGAAGACUACGUUGAAGUUAACCAAAAAACUCAAUUGGCUUCACAAGCAGCCGCUCAAUGGUUAGGGUUACGACUCCAAUUUAUCGGAGUUGCAAUGGUUACAGGAGUGGUUAUAAUCGCGGUUAUUCAACAUCAAUUUGAUGUCGCCGAUCCCGGUUUAGUUGGAUUAGCGAUAACUUACGCUCUGUCGGUAACAGCUCUUUUAAACGGAGUCGUAAACGCUUUUACAGAAACAGAAAGGGAAAUGAUUGCUGUUGAAAGAGUUAAUCGAUACGUGGAGAUUGUUAUUAGUGAAAAUUCUAAUUUUAUAACUGAUCCCCCUUAUGCUUGGCCAAGUCAAGGUGUAAUCGCCUUUGAAGAUGUUGUAUUAAAUUAUCGAAGAAAUUUACCACCUUCAUUAAAAGGGGUUAAUUUUAAAACCAGACCCGCUGAAAAAAUUGGUGUUGUUGGGAGAACCGGUGCGGGCAAAACAAGUCUCUUUACCUCAUUAUUUAGGUUAUGUGAAAUAACCUCAGGGAAAAUAACGAUAGACUCAAUAGAUAUCUCUCAUAUAUCAUUAAGAGCGUUACGUUCAAGGUUGUCUUGUAUUCCCCAAGAUCCGUUUUUAUUUAGCGGAAGUUUAAGGGAUAAUUUAGAUCCGUUAAAUGAGUAUCGAGAUACAGAAAUUUGGACUGCGAUUAAUAAUGCUAAUUUACUAGCGACUGUGAGGAGAUUAGGUGGAUUGGAGGCGGAAGUUGCUACUGGGGGUAGUAAUUUAUCAUCUGGUCAAAGACAACUUGUCUGUUUAGCAAGAGCUUUACUUCAUAACGCUAAAAUUUUAUGUAUCGAUGAAGCCACUGCAAAUAUAGAUCAAACAACUGAUAGACAAAUACAAAACACUUUACGUACAGCUUUCAGAAAAAGCACUGUGAUUACAAUUGCGCACCGAGUGCAAACAGUGAUAGAUUACGAUAGGGUUUUAGUGAUGAAAGAUGGUGUCGUUUUGGAAUUUGACAAACCCGAUGUGCUCCUUGAAGACUCUACUACAUAUUUUUACCAGUUAGUGAAUGCAGAAUAAAAAAAUGUUUUUAUACAACUUUGCUAAAUGUUUAAAUGUAUUAAUUAUCGUUUAAUAAAAG